AUGGAAGGUGUGUCUGAGGCCCAAAUUCAAAGCGUUCUAGUCAUGCUUACAGCUGUUCUGAGCCCAAAUAACGAAGUAAGAAAACAACAAGAAGCCCUUCUUAUGCAGCUUCGCAACGAGCAUCCUAAUGAAUUUGUUCUUUGUCUCUUGCAUAUCCUUAGACACUCUCCAGAUUUCUCAAUCCGCUCAUUGGCAUCACUUAUCCUCCGUCAGCUUUUCACAUCUCUCCACACAACAACAAAGGUUUGGGACAAAUUAAGCGCCCAAGUCCAAAACUCCACCAAAACCAGCCUUCUAGAAUCACUCGAGCAAGAAUCCUCAUGGUCGAUUCUUAAGAAAAUCGGCGAAGUAAUUGCAGAGCUUGCAGUUUUGCUAUUCGCUGAAGAUGAGAACGGAAAAUGGGACGAACUUCUUCCAUUCCUCACCAGAAAUCUUGCUGGGCAAGGAAAACAAGCAGCAGCUGCUUGCCACAUUUUAGCAGGUCUCUGCACAUUUUUCAAUGAGGAGCUGGCUAAAGAAAAGACAAGUCUCAAGCAGAUCUUUUUAAACCAUUUGUCAAGCAACGAAGUCGAGCUGAGACUUUCCGUGAUUGAUUUUAUUGGCAAUUUAUUAGGAAUUGCUGAAAAAGAUGAUAUGAAAUUUUAUUGGGACAUUAUUCCUAAUAUACUAAUUUCAGCAGUCUGGAUCAUUGAAAACCACCAAACACACGCAGACGAAGUCUUGAAAAAUCUCAGAGAUCUCGCUGAGACAGAACCAAAAUUCUUUAAAGGUCGCAUACAAAUUGCUUACGAAUUUGUUGACAGAGUUUGUAAUUUACAAACUGAGAAUUUAGGGAUCAAACACUUGUCGUUGGAAUUUAUUGUAGCUUUGGCUGGAAGACUUCAUAAGGAAUUUCAAGAGAAAAAAGAAAUUGCAGUAAACCUUUGCACAAAAAUAUUCCAGACAAUGAUCAGCAUUGAUGAAGAAGUUGACCCAGCUUGGGCUUGCCCUGCAGAAGGCUUUGAAGAGCCUGAUGAUGAGGAAGAAGAAGGAGUAGAAAUUGAUUAUGCCAAGCUUGGGAGAAAACAAUUGACUAGCAUGAUUGAAGGGGUAGGAGAAUCAUUUUUGCUUCCGACUGUAUUAGGAUUAAUUCAAACUGCGCUUACAACUCCGUCAGAAGACUGGAGAAUUAAAUAUGCAGCUCUUAUGACUAUUUCAGAGCUUGGACAGUUUAUUGAAGAAUCUGAAAAAAUUGCUGAGCUGGUACCAAUUCUUCAAGCCCAUACAAAUCAAAGCUUGAAUGCUAAAAUCAGAUAUGCGGCUUAUCAUUGUUUAGGACAACUCAGUGAAGACUAUGAAGAAGAAUUCCAAUCAGCUCACCAUCAAAUUGUUGUGCCACUUUUAGCAGCAGGUAUCGCUGACCCAGUACCAAGAGUUGCUGCCAGUGCUGCAGAUGCUUUAGGAAAAUUCAUGGAAAACUGUGGCCCGACCUUAGUCUCAGAGCACAUAAACUCAAUAAUGCCAAUAAUCAUUGAAAAACUAGGCCAACAAAACUGCUCAAUUGUCAUUGAAGAACUUUUAAUUGCAAUUUCUGACAUUGCUGACUCUGGUAAAGAAUGCUUUAACCCUUACUAUCAGCCACUGAUGACAAUUUUAAUAAGACUUAUAAGAGGUUAUACAGCUAAAGAGUACCAAAGAAUCAGAGGAAAAGCUAUUGAAAGCAUGACCAUGAUCUGCACAUCAGUUGGGAAAGAGUUAUUUGCCCCUUAUGUAGCUGAAACAAUGGGGAUGCUUAAAGAAAUUCAAGACUCUACUACAGAUACAGACCCUCUUAAAGCUUAUCUUUUAGGAGCCUGGCAAAGAAUCGUUGCGACUUUGCAAGCUGACUUUGCUCCUUACUUACAAGGAAUUCUUCCAGGGCUAUUGAGCGCUGCUAGUGCCACUGCUAUAGUAUCAGUCGAAUCUGAGCCUGAUGCCUUAGUUGACUUAGCAUCACUUGUAUCUGAAGCUUCUAAGAAAGUAUCAAUUAAUACCACAGAUCUAGAAGACAAAGACUUAGCAUUACACGCAUUAAUUACCAUUAUAGAUGUCCUUAAAGAGUUAUACGCCCCAUAUGCCGAGCAAACUACAUCUAUUGUGCUCCCACUGGUAAACUACACUCCUAACGAGCACAUCAGGCAAGCAGCUGCCACCUUAUGUGGGUCACUUAUAGGCUCAGUUAAAGCUUUAAACACCCCUGAAGCAGACCAAAUCGUCAUAAACAUGGCCAGACUGUUCUUAGGAGCUCUCUGGCAAGCUACUGCAGUUGAGCUUGAUACAGAAACUAUUGUAGCUCAAUUAGGAGCUAUCAAAGUGGUCAUUGAAGCUCCAAGGCACAAAUUCAUGUCUGCUGAAGAAGUCACGGCAUCUGGAGAAAAACUUAUAAAAAUGCUAGAAAGCUCUUUAGAAAGAAGGGCCAGGAACAAAGCAUUGGACUUGGGAUCUGAUGACAGUGAAGAUGAAUUAAUCAAAGAAAUCAAUAAAAAUGAAGAAGAUUCAUUACAUACACAAAUUUCUGAGGUUUUAGGGUCUUUAUUCAAAACCCACAGAGAGUUUUCAUUGGAGAUUGUGAAUUUCUUAUAUUCGCAUGUGCUGAGCAAGUUUUUGGCUCCUGAUACCACUGAUGAGGAUCAUAAAUUCGCAAUUUUUGUCAUUGAUGAUGUUGUGGAAUUUGUAGGGCAAGAUUUGGCUGGAGAUAAAUGGAACUCUUUGGCAGAAGCGCUUGUUAGGUUUACUGCUGAUGCCAAUGAUGCAGUUAGACAAGCAGCAUCAUAUGGGAUUGGAAUUUUAGCUAUUUAUAGCAAUUCAGCUGCGUUCGCUCCAUGGACUGAGCAGAUGGUCAAGCGAAAAACAAACAACUGCGUAGUUUUGAUAAAAAGAAAUAUAAGAAUUAGUGAAUUAUGCUUGCCUUUACAAUAUUCAAACGUAAUUUCUAGUAUUUUAGCUAAAUAUUAAAUUCUCAAUCUAUACCUAAAGAAUAUAAUAGAUAUUAGAGAAAUUUAUCUACGAUUAGUAGAUUUUUCGGUUUUAUAAAUUUAUAUCUUAAAACAAUGUACUGAAGGAUCUCUUAUAAUUUUUAUCAAAGCUUAUUUUUCAUCAGAUGUGGCGGUGUGGUUUUAAUACUUAACCAAACAGAUACUAGUCGCAUUAGAUAAAUCAAUAAAUUUCCCAAUGGGAACCGGUAAAAAGUCACAUGGAUAUGCCAAAGAUAACGCUAUCGCAGCACUCGGAAAAAUCAUAAAACAUCAAUCAGGAAGCAUCAAUUCAGCUGCAAUUGUACCAGUUUGGAUCAAUUUACUGCCUUUGAGACGUGAUAAAGAAGAAGCAAAAAUAAUGCAUGAUUUGUUAGCUGAUGUUACAAUUGGAAACAUGAGCUUGGCUAUUGGAGAAAAUCAUGAAAGACUAGAACAUGUCGUAAAAAUCUUUGCAGAAAUUCUUGAAACUAAGCUUGUUGCCAACGAAACAGUCCCUAAAAUUAAACAAAUCAUUCAGAUGAUGCAAAGUGCAGGAAUCCCAACUUUGCCACAAAUCUGGGCAUCUUUAACGGAUAUCCAAAGAUCAAAAUUGACUAAAAUAAUGGCCUAA